CCCUCAAAAACAUUAAACUUGAAACAUUACUUGACUUUUGAUGUUUUGAGACUAAUGUUAAUUUGCAUACCGCUGUGUCAGACGAACAGUUUCCAACUUUUUGACGAGUGACUUGCGACAAAAGAUCGAUAAUUUGAUGAUUACUCGCGUGCAAAGUCAUAUAGGCGUACCACUCAAUCAAAUAGAAGAAGGAGACGAAGAUGAAGAAGAGUGGGAAGUUGAGUGUUCAGCAAGGAACCAAGAAGAUAAUGAAACAGAGGAAGAACCAGAGAAGACAAAUCUUGAAGCUGCAAGCGACUGUUUGCAGCCAAUCAUCAGCAAGGUGUAGUACCAUGAUGUCGUGGACUUUCAGGGAUCAAGACAUUGACAAGGAUAACGAACCGACAACGUCGUCUUUGUCUCUUCCUGAACCUUCAGUCCCCACAAAUCAAUCUGACAUGCAAACGAUAAGUGAUCUCAGGAGUCAAAUGGAGCAACUUCAACGAGAAAUGCUCGAGCUACGGAAUUCAGUUAAAUCUUGCAUCGAUAUGCAACUUCAUUUCCAGAAAUCUGUAACUCAAGAUCUUUCUCGUUCUGGCUCAUCUGCAGAACAACGAGUAGACAUGAAGAAAGAUCCUUUGAAACGAAAAUGUUGCGUUUGCUCUGAGAUGCCUGUUGACUCGCUUCUGUAUAGGUGUGGACAUAUGUGCACAUGUCUGAAAUGUGCUCAUGAAUUGCAAUGGAGCAGUAAGAAAUGUCCGAUAUGUAUGGCUCCAAUUGUUGACGUUGUGAGGGCUUUUCUUGAUUCUUAGGACCCAAGAAACCAAGAAAAUAUUGAUAGUUUCUCCAUUGAUUUGGAAAUGUGACACAUCUGAAUAUACAUAAUAAACUUCUUCUUUUUUUGUUUUGUCUUAGUGUGUUUUGCCAUAUAAUUUCAAAUGAAUGUCGAAGUUUCUC